AUGGCAGGGCCUAGUUCUCACCCAGACCGGGUAGACGGCGACGUAGUACUAUCUGGCCUGGAGAUAUGCCGAAUACAGUACAGUUUGUGUACUGAGUUUGAGGGGCACGCCGCUGCCCAGCUCAUAAAGACGCACGGAUCCGAGUUGGCUUCUGGCGAGUGUGAUUCGACGCACAUCAAAAACAUCCGAGGGCCUCGCGGUACAGCGUACGGGCUGCAAGGGGUAACCGAAAUACUAGAGGUAAUGAGGGCGGUCCACAGCGACAUGGUUGAGCUGGAGCGUACCGUCGGCCACAGAGGAGCCGGCGACAGCAUGGCUGGCUGGCUGGCACAAGCGUCGCCCCUAUACAAUGCGUGCGAAAAUGUAAGACAUCUUAUCACCGGGCUCGGGGAAAAGCCAGCUAAUGCACUCCGGGCUCUAAACAGAGAUCGCAGGAUACUCAAACGCCUGAUGGGACAGGUAACCCACCAGGCCAGCGUCUGGCGGCGUGCCAUAAUUGACCGGACGAAGAGAGUAGUCGCCCAGCGCCGCUUUGCGGGUUGGACCUUCGAGAAGAUUGAAUUCUGGAUAAGUGCUGCUGAAGCCGCCGGGGCUGACCCACUGCAUGCGGAGGCAAUCGGCUGGCAGGCCUGUGCUGAGUCGGGGUACACUAUAACGUGUGACACCGCCACGUCUGGCCUGCUAGCCGCAUUUUCGCAAGGGGCGGGUAGUGGCCACGUUGACAACCGCGUUGUUCGUGGCCGUCGGUGGGGGAACAGGAACUUGAGGAUGAGCUUGUUUCCUCUGCUGGAUGUCGACACUGGAGCGCGGUUGGAUGCGACCCGCAGGUACCGCGUUGGCCGACCCUUGUCCAGGAGGGAAGCGUCCGUACACGCUGUGUCUGGGACGGACCUGGCGACAGGAGACUACUCCCAGGCUCGUGCUACAGUCAUUCGGUGGUAUGAUGUGGCGUACUCCGACCGGAUUGGGGUGCCAGAGUUGUGUGCUGUGGAGAGUAUGCUCGCUGGGGACGACGAGUGGCUAGCGCGACUGUACGUAGGCUUGAAGCUCAACGCGGUACGAUGUCGCCUGCCAGAAGGAAUAGAGAAUGGGAAGGAACUAGAAAGGGCGUUACAGGGAUGGAAAUCUAAGCAAAAUGUCAAACGGUUAGUACGCUACCCGAACGUCAACUUGCGCGCCGUAGUCGGAUACUACUCUCACUCAGAGGGGUAUAUAGACUUCUGCCGCCGGCUGGGUAGAAGACUACUCAGCCUGCACAAGUUAGACACAACCCGCGUCAUAGACGUAGAAGGCAGGGUGUUGGGCAGCCUGGGGUUGCAACGAGACCUAGAGUGCGGAUCCCCGCUAGGGACGGUGUUCGACACACUUGCGCCGCGCACGAGGGUCGUGCUACACAGUAUGUUAUUAGACGAGGGUUUGAGUAAUUUUAGUUCAGACAGAGGGCAGACGCGGUCAAACUUAGUGUGGCGCGGACAGUGGGAGGUUGACACGCAUCAGGAGUAUGCUAGAGAGUGUGUGCACCGACCACCAGCACCUCAGACGGACGCCCGUGUGGUUGUGGGUUAG